UGGCCGUCUUGUAGUUGUUCCGCAGACAUAUUGUACAUUACUUCAAAACACGCUUUCGUGAAAUGAGAUGGCUCGAAGAUCCAAAACUAGUUUAGAAAAUGAAAUAGAGCGUUCACGGUGGGAGGAAAAAUGGGAAUAUAUUCCAAAACUGGUCGAUCAGCUAUCGAGUCGGACUACAAGUGAACCAAGUAUAGAUACAAUAAAAAAGUUCCUAAUCAGUGAAUCCCGGCUUGAAAUAUACCUCAGAGAUCAUCCUCUUGGAACAACAGAUGCUGUUCAGGCUAAGAAAAGUUUAGGGGAAACUAUCUCAAAUCUUGAAAAACUGGUUUCUCAAGAUAAGUUGGGAAAGGUAGAGAGGAAACAAGAAGCUUUAUUUUUGCUUUGCAAAGCUCAUUUUGUAUUGGAAGACUUUCAAAGUUGUGUAGAAUACUGCAAACAAGCUGGAAUGGAAGACAUCUACAUGGACACACAACUUAAGAGGAAAACAAAACUGGUUGCUGAAGGUUUUGCUCACAAAGCAAUGGCUCUUGAACAGUUGCAGUCAAUUGGAAAGUCAGAUAUCAGUGAUGAGGACAUUAUUGCUUGUUAUGAAUGCGCUGGUGACAUAGGGCUCUGGCUAAUUACUGACCAGACAUCUUCACAAAGGACUGUAACAACAUCACAAAUGCCAAAGUUAGGAAGAACCUUGGAGAUAGCAAUUCAAAGGGCCCCAGUGCUUCUUAUCAAGAAUGGGAAAAUUAUUGAUGGCAUCAACAGAUUCAGGCACAUGUUGAGAGUGGUGGAGACAAGAACUACUCUUGGCUUGAGAAAGGGACUAGCCAAACAACUGGCGCAGGUUCUUUUACGAGGAGUUUGUGAGAGGAGCUAUGAAAAACCUUUAAAUUUACUGCCCAGCUCUCCACUGAUAAGCUCAACAUCGUCACUGAAAUCUGGAUCCAAGAUGGACUUGAAGGCCACCUCAAGUAAUGUUAUCACUUGCAAGCAUGCAACCUUUCCUCUAAAACCACAAAUGUACAAUGGAGAAAGUUUGUUUUUCCCCAGGAAUGAAACAGAAGAGAGUUUGCUCCUUUUGCUUUUGGAGGAGGCUAUGGUCUCUAAGGAUGCAGAGCUAAGUCAAGCUCCAGAGAGAUCAACAGCUAGGCAACAGACAGUGAUAGACUCUGAGAAUGCGUACGACUUACUAACAGUGGCACUGGUCAGGAGAGCUCAGUAUGGCAUGUUAGCAGAGUGUUUUGACAGAGGGAUGAAAGUUGCUUUUGAAGAGUUCCACCUGUGGUUUCAGUUUGGUUUGUCUCUGAUCAGCGCAGGCAAAUAUCACAGAGCCCUGAUGGUUCUCAAACAGUGUCAUCAGCUUCGACCAGAGGACUCCUUAGUCUGCCUUUAUGCUGCUAAGCUCUGUUUUAACAGCCUUCACAUGAUUGAUGAAGGGAUAAAGUUUGCCAAGAAAGUCAUCGCCAAGGGAGAUGAGAAAGAGCUUUCGUCCAGAGGAUACCUGGCACUGGGUAUCGGUUACAGCCUGCAGGCCAGCGAAGCUUGUUUAAGAGGAGAACGUCAACAGCUUCAGAAACAAGCAAUUGAUGCUCUUCAGAAGGGGCACAACUUGGAUCCUGACGACAGCGAAGUCUUAUUUCACCUCGCCCUCAAUCAUGCUCUCAUGAGACAGAUGACGAAGGCCCUGAAGAACAUCAGAAAUGCACUUAAAAUGGACAUGAAUCAAUCCUUUUUUCUGCAUCUUUUAGCUCUUAUACUUUCUUCCCAGAAAAAGUUUGUUGAGGCACUAGAGGUCUGUGAUGCUGCUCUGAUGGAAUUCCCUGAUGACUUCAGUUUGCUUCUGACGAAGGUUAAACUGGAACAGGCUUGCUUAGGUGGAGAGCAAGCGCUGAUCACGUGCAAACGGUUGUUGGAAACCUGGAAACGAGUGUACGAGUCUGAUCUAUCGGGAUCCACAGAGCUUCAAAGGGCUGGAUCAGGUUUGCUAGACAAAGUUAUCACAGAUUCUCGAAGCUUGAAACAGAUUCCACUCACAGAACUCACCAGUGAAAAAGACUCCGAUGAUGGUGCCAGUUCCAUCGCGGCUUCAGUGCGCCUGGAACAGGCCUUAUCAGACGAGGCUGCCUCGACUUCCGUCCGACUCAGCGUUCCAGCUGUAUUAGCCUUACAAGCAAAACUCUGGCUUGCUAUUGCUGAUGUGUAUGUCGCCAUGGAAAAGGACACUGAAGCCAGCGCAUGCGUUCAGGAGGCGCAUUUGAUAUUCCCUUUUUCCCCGGAUGUGCUGUUUCAGCGUGGCCGCAUUUUCGAGCUUAAAGAAAACCUUACGGAGGCCAAGAAUUGCUUCGAUAAUGCGAUCUCCAUAAACCCAAGCCACGUGGCCAGCAUUCAACACCUGGGUGCAGUGUAUCACAAACUUGGUAAUCUUGUUAUGGCUGAGAAAGUCCUCCGCGAAGCUAUCAAUAUCGAUCCAACAGCAUUUGAAGCUUGGCAUCUUUUAGGCGUGGUUAUGGAAGCUCAAGACGAACACGAGGCAGCGAGCGAGUGUCUAAUGACAGCUAUUGACUUAGAGGCCACACAUCCUAUUGUGCCAUUAACAGUGAUACCAAGGUUAUUAUGAGCCUACCAGAAGUUUGCUGUGAUCCAACAACCGAAAAACAACAAGAAUACUUAAAAAAUGAUUUUUAGUAGUAAUAUGACUGAGUACAGUCAAAUUAUGUAAUCGUACGAGUGAUUACCAAAUCAGACGACCGCGAUACGGGAGUCCGAUUUGUUUAUUACGAGUAUGAGAGCAGACAGAAUUGAACAACCCAAAGUCCUGUCACCAAUGAAUCAACACUUUGACCAAAAUUUGAGAAAUAAACUAGCCAUCAGUGA